AUGCGAUUUCAUAAUCCGUUUUACAUUACGAUUCUACUAUUUUUGUUCAAUGUUGGAGAUGGUUCUGCAUUGUUAAUCCACGGGAAUUCUACUGGAAGCGACACAAUCCAUGGGUCAGGUGGUCACAGUGUCGAUGUGGCCGAAAUCAAGCAAAUAGUUUUAAACCUAACAGCUGAGAUAAAAAAUCUCAAGAGACAAACAGAAAUUAUACCAGUACUAAAGCAGAAUCUUACUGUUGUUAUUGAACAGAAAAAGUUACUACAAAACAGAGUAUUCUUUUUGGAAGCAGAACUGAAUAAACUAAAUGCUUCAAAGCCUCCUUCCAAUGAUGAAUUUAUGGCGUAUUUAAGAAGUACAAAACAAAUAGUUCAAACUUUGGCGGCAAAUGAGGAAUACGACAAAAAUCUAACUCUGCGACUGAAUGAAGCGGAAAAUAAUAUUGCGAUCACUGAGAAGCAUAAUAAGAACUUAACAAAACAACUUGACAAUGUAGUGAAUGAUUUGGUGAUAAACGAAAAGCAGAAUGAAAACUUUACUGCACAAAUUAAUGAAGUAGAGAAUAUUUUGGUGAAAUAUGAUAAGCAGAUGGAAAAUGUCACUAAACGACUCGAUAAAAUUCACAUUCUUUUGACUGUAAACGAAGAGUAUGACAGAAAUUUAACACUGAGAUUAAAUGAAGCUGAGAAAAGUAGAGUGAUUUGUGAGAAACAGAAUAAGAACUUAACUGAACAAUUUGACGAAGUAGUGAAUAAAUUGAUGACAAACGAAGAGCAGGAUAAAAACAUCACUCAACGACUAAAUGAAGUAGUGAAUGGUUUCGUAAAUUAUGACAAACAGGGAAAAAAUGUCACUCAACGACUAGAUGAAAUGCGUAAUAAUUUGACUGCAAACGAAGAGUAUGACAAAAAUUUAACUUCACGGCUCACCGAUGUAAUGAACAACUUACACGGUAUAAAGGUUCAGAUGCGAUACACAAGCUUGUCACUUAUGGAUGUGCAUUCUAAGACGGAUAAACUCAAUACAACAUUAACUACACAUUUUGACGAUCAGAUAAGGGACGUCUAUGGACGAAUAACCAACAUAACCAAAAAAGUAGCCUUCACGGUCGGUGUGACGUCAACCAGUACCACCUGGGACAGCGGUACACUGGUGUUUGAUAGGAUCGUCUAUAACAUAGGAGGGGGAUACGACUCCAGUACUGGUGUCUUCACAUCUCCUGUAGACGGACACUUUGUUUUCUUCGUGAACGUUCAAUCUUAUAGUACUUAUAGUAUGUACACAUAUAUAGUUCUAAAUGGCUCAGCUAAAGUCACAACACUGGUAUAUAAUGGUGGUAAUGAAAGUUAUGAUGCAGGGCCGAACUUGGUGGUAUUAAGGCUUAUCAAAGGGGAUCAAGUUUGGGUCAAAUAUUACACUGGAACUGGUUAUUAUACUCAGGGUGAUGCUCCUGUCACCACGUUUUCUGGGUUCCUAAUAUGA